CUGCCCGCGCGCCCCCCUCCGCGAGCCCCGGCCCCGCGAGCCUUGGCGUUGGCGUUGGCGGCGCGCGCCGGGGCAUGCCCCGCGCCUAGAGCCCGGGGGGCGCGCGGGGGGCGCGCGGGGGGCCCCGGCGGCGGCGGCGGGCGGGGCGCGGGGCGCGUGGAUGUGGAGGUGGCGCCAGCCCCGGGCGCGCACCAGCGGCGGGACCCUUACCCCCUCCCCGCGGCAGCCUACCCCUACCGCCCGGGAGGGGGCGAGGGCGAAGCCGCCGGGGCCGUGAUUUGCCAGCAGCCGCCGGGGCUCGUUCCCCGGGACCCCGGGGCCGGGGUGGGCCGGGGCCGGGGCCGCGGGCGCCGCCGGGGGGCUCGGGCCGGCGGCGGCGGGGGCGGCGGGGGCGGCCGCGGCGGCUUGGGCCGGGAGCGGGCGCGAGCCCCCGAGCCUCCGGAGCGCACCAUGGAGACGGUGGGCCCGGGCCGCAGCAGCUUCCAGCCGCACCCGGGGCUGCAGAAGACCCUGGAGCAGUUCCACCUGAGCUCCAUGAGCUCCCUGGGCGGUCCGGCCGCCUUCUCGGCGCGCUGGGCGCAGGAGAUGUAUAAGAAGGAGAGCGCCAAGGAGCCCAGCGCGACUGCCCCGGGCGCCGCCGCCACCGAGCAGCCUCCGCAACCCCCGCAGCCCCCGCAGCCUCUGCAGCCGCAGCAGCCCCAACCCCCGCCGCCGCCCCCCGUGCUGCACCUGCCCCCCAUUCAGCCACCGCCACCCGUCAUGCCGGGCCCCUUCUUCAUGCCCUCGGACCGCUCCACGGAGCGCUGCGAGACCAUACUGGAGGGCGAGACCAUCUCGUGCUUCGUGGUGGGCGGCGAGAAGCGCCUGUGCCUGCCGCAGAUCCUCAACUCGGUGCUGCGGGACUUCACGCUGCAGCAGAUUAACUCGGUGUGCGACGAGCUGCACAUCUAUUGCUCGCGCUGCACCGCCGACCAGCUGGAGAUCCUCAAAGUCAUGGGCAUCCUGCCCUUCUCGGCGCCCUCGUGCGGGCUCAUCACCAAGACGGACGCCGAGCGCCUCUGCAACGCCCUGCUCUACGGCGGCGCCUACCCGCCGCACUGCAAGAAGGAGUUUGCCAGCGCCCUGGAGCUCGAGCUCACGGAGAAGAGCUUCAGGGUGUACCACGAGUGCUUCGGCAAGUGCAAGGGGCUGCUUGUGCCCGAGCUCUACGUGAACCCCAGCGCCGCCUGCAUCCAGUGCCUGGACUGCCGCCUCAUGUACCCCCCGCACAAGUUCGUGGUGCACUCGCACAAGGCCCUGGAGAACAGGACUUGCCACUGGGGCUUCGACUCGGCCAACUGGAGGGCCUAUAUCCUCCUGAGCCAGGAUUACACUGGGAAAGAGGAGAAAGCCAGGCUGGGCCAGUGCCUGGAUGACGUGAAGGAGAAGUUCGACUAUGGCAACAAAUACAAGAGGAAAGCACCCAGGGUCCCUUCUGAACCCCCUCCAGCCAUCAAACCCAAAACAGAUGACUCCUCUACACAGUCCCCUCCUUCUGAGAAGGACAAGCAGUCCAGCUGGUUACGGACUUUGGCAAGCUCUUCCAAUAAGAGCAUUGGAUGUGUUCACCCGCGUCAGCGCCUGUCCGCUUUCCGACCUUGGUCCCCUGCCGUUUCUUCAAACGAGAAAGAUCUGUCCACACACCUUCCUGCACUGAUUCGAGACAGUUUUUAUUCUUAUAAGAGUUUCGAGAGUGCCGUGGCCCCCAACGUGGCGCUCGCCCCUCCUCCACAGAAGAUUGUGAGCAGCCCCCCGUGCACCACCAUGGUGGCCCGGGCCCCCGAGCCCCUCCCCACCUCCAUCCAGCCCCGGAAAAGAAAGCUGCCCAUGGAGACUCUGGGCGUCCCGGAGACCCUGGUCCCUGCUGCCGCCCCCGAAGAUGAGAAGGAUUCCGAGGCAGACGUGGAAGUGGAGAACAGGGAGGAAUUCACGUCCUCCUUGUCUUCGCUCUCGUCUCCGUCCUUUACCUCGUCCAGCUCUGCCAAGGACAUGAGCUCCCCAGGAAUGCAGGCCCCCGGGGGCGGCACGGCCAGCGCGUCUUUCGAGGCGGCGGCCCACGCCGAGGCUCACAGCAAUGGGCUGGAGGCUGAACUGGAGCACCUGAGGCAGGCCCUGGAGAGCGGUCUGGACACUAAGGAAGCCAAAGAAAAAUUCCUCCACGAAGUUGUGAAGAUGAGGGUGAAGCAGGAGGAGAAGCUUAGCGCUGCUUUACAGGCUAAGCGCAGUCUGCACCAGGAGCUGGAGUUCCUCCGAGUGGCCAAGAAGGAGAAGCUUCGGGAAGCCACGGAGGCGAAGCGCAACUUGCGGAAGGAGAUCGAGCGCCUGCGGGCCGAGAACGAGAAGAAGAUGAAAGAGGCCAACGAGUCCCGGCUGCGGCUCAAGCGGGAGCUGGAGCAGGCCCGGCAGAUCCGCGUGUGCGACAAGGGCUGUGAGGCCGGGCGGCUGCGGGCCAAGUACUCGGCGCAGAUCGAGGACCUGCAGGUGAAGCUUCAGCACGCCGAGGCCGACAGGGAACAACUCCGGGCCGACCUCCUGCGGGAGCGGGAGGCCCGGGAACACUUGGAGAAGGUUGUUAAGGAGCUUCAGGAACAGCUGUGGCCGAAGCCCAGCACUCAGGCCGGCGGAGGCGGGGGCGGACACAGGAACGAGCUGGAGACUGAGCUACCCCACGAGCCCCGAGCCUGACCUCGCUCCCUGCACCCAGCGAUGGGCGCUCGAUGGCGCGUGUGAGGGGGCGAGCGCUUCUGCACCCCGGAGGCAGACUUUGGCACGCGCCGGAGGGCCCUCUUGUCGCUCUCGGCAACAGCAGCACUGAAUGGCGCGCCUCUCCCCUGUCCGUCUGCCCGUCCGUCCGACCGCCCGUCCACAUAGCACAACAUCUUCCUGUGCCUCGAACACGACCGAGUGUUUAUGAACUGCCCUUUUGGAACCCACCGCGACGACGUUUUCUACUGGCAAACCCCCUGCCCUCCCGCCACCGCCGCCGCACACGCGAGCCGAGGGUGCUUCCCCGUUGUCCCCCGCUUGCUGGAACACUUUGAAAUGCAAACUUUUGUUAUAAGCUAUUUAAAACGAUGACCGACUUGAUCGUCCAAGAAAUGAACAAGGUUUUUGUUUUUGUUUUGUUUUUGUUUUUUUAUAAAAAGUAACUUUUACAAAACCCACAAACACUUGGUGAUGCACAAUUUGGAUGACUUGUUACGUCGUGGAUUCUUCAGGAACCGGCCGGGGCGGGCGGCGAGGCGAGGCGGCCGGGGUCGCUCCCUCCGUCCCUCCGUCCCGCCAGGCUUCGGGAGCCAUCACGGUUUGACCCUCUUCUGUGGUUUGGUUGGGAGAUUUGAGUGGUCUUGUUUUGUUUUCUUGUUUUCUUCAAAGUCUUUCUUUUUAAGUGAUAAGUACCCAGUUGUCCGGCGCCGAUGCCGGAAGAAGGAGAAGGAGAGAGACGAGCGGCACCGAGAAGCAGCCCAGCUCCCACGUCACCCCCGCACGGCCACGGCUGGCCACUCAGACUGUCCCCCCGGCACCCAGGAGGAGAAGUUCUGAGGCCAGUCGCUCCAUUUCCUUUCCUGGAUGAGCAGCCCCCGCGUUCCAUCAUCCCCUUCCUCCUACAGGACAGUAUUUAUCUCCCGUUGGUUCAUUCAUUGCCCAGGUUGUUCCUGUGCCCGCCCGCCCGCGAGUGCCCGGCUCUCCCCGUCACUGCUGCUGCUGCUGUGAAUGAUCGGCGGCCAUGCCUUUCAGUGUCAUCCGGGGGGCUGCCUGAAUUCUGGGGUCCACGGAGACCCCCGGCCCCUGCGCCAGAACAAAACGCAGCAUUACAUCACUGUCUCGGGGCUCUUUUCUGUCUGUCCUCCUCGGACUGCACUUUGUGUCUUCUUAUUCCCCGCUUCUCCGUCAUCUUGCGUUCGAAGGUUUUCACUUUUAAAAGACACUGUACCCGUGUUCUCAGACAGUUCCUCCCCAGCACUCAAGUGCUUAGAAAAUUCCCUUUGGUGCUUGGUUGAACAAGGGACGCAUAAGAAAACAAUAACGAUGCAAAACCUGAAUCCUGGGGGGUCGCCGUGUGCCUUCCUGCGUCUUGUACGUUCCACGCCGACUUGUGACUCCCCCCCCCGCCCCCCCAUACCCAUCAACAGUAUAGAGAAAUGGAAUCGACCAGUAUCCGGAGAACGGAGCGCGCGCGCUCGCUCGCAAGCAUUAUUCCAGAUAAUCUCAUUUGCUUUCCACAGUUUGUGCAAACGUGUAGAAGGUUUGCUAUGCCCAAGCCUGAAAGCGAUUUCCCAGUAGCCGAGAGACGCUUCCCGUCCUAAAGUGAUAGUAUUUAUUUAUGUAAGAAAUAAGAUUUCACAGGAAUUCUCUGCUUGAGCCCCUCCUAACCACCGCAUUAACGGAAGGUCACGAUCGCUUUCAUUAGGUGCAAAAAAAAAUGAAUCCUCAUCGGCACAGCUCGGGGAAGCGACAGCGACAGGCGGCUUAACCCCCCGGAAAUGAGGCCCCCAAAGAGCGCUGGCAGCAGGGUUCCCCCCAUUCCCCGAUGGCGGGGAUCCUGGUCCUGUUGACGUGGCCCCUUCUCACGUGCAAUGCAAAAGAACAUUAUCGAUACAGCGUUUUAUGUGGGAUCGUUUUGUUUUAGUUUUGGGGUUUUUUGUUUUUUUUUGCUUCUUUAUGUUUUUCUUUUACAGUUAUUAAAAAUUCAUAUGCAUGGAAUUUAAAAAUCUCUGCCAUAUGUAUAUUCAUUAAUGGGCAUUAUUACUGAUUUGUGUAAAGGGUUUAUUUUGUUAUGCAAUAUGCAGAAUACUGUUUCAGGCUUAGAUGUUUCCAGAUUUGUACUUUUCCGCUAUUUCUUCAAGGGAGACGGAUGAGUGAGUUUUAGUGGAGCCUUUAGGUGUGUUCGCGUAUCUGUGUUGCUGUGCUAGGUUGCCAAGUCGAGAAAUUACACAGAGAACAAAAGACUUUCCUGUGGGCCUGGGUUCGCCCGGAGCCACCUAAUGCUUGGGGAGGGUGACUGGGGCUUUGUUUCUGUGUUCUAGACUCAGGUUUGAGUAGGUGGUCCUCGCUCCCCUGCAGUGGCGACACCCCUCUUCACUUGCGGGUGAAAUGAGCCUUGUCUCAUUUGGGGGGACCUCCCCUGCCCCCCGUUUUCUGCCAGAAAGUGCAUGUUCCACCCCCUUAGUGCCCGAGCCUUGUUUCUGGAUGAGAUCCGAACACGUUGCAGUGACUUGUCCCAAAGAGUAUGGGGUUAGAUUUCAGCCCCGACGGUUCUGACAGUAUUGAGUUACUUGGCAUCAGAUUUUUUUUUUUAAGGCCAAAUUUUCCCCUUGAGAGCAUUCACGCUCAUUCUGCUGGGUAUAGGCUGCCCACGAAAUGCAGCUGUGCUGGAUUUCCUGAGGAUCCGUUCCUAUCAGAGCUAGGAAGCAUUGAUCCCGCCCCCUCCAGCCCCCCAGAGUUGGUGUGUGGAUGAACGGAAUUGAGUCUGAUUUCACAAGCGAAACAGAAUGACGUGAACAAACUAUGGGAACAAAUUCUCACCAGCAGCUCAUGGUUAGCUUUGGGUUUUUUGGGGGGGGGUUUGGGGGGGCUGCCUUGGUUUUUGGUCCAUUAACGUUGCUUCAAUUUUUUUUCCGGCGUGCACAGCCCCAAAGUGGGUGGCUUGUGAUGGACCUCCCCCACCUUCGUUAUUUGGUUUGAUAAUAGUAGAAUCCCUUGGAACCGAAUGGCGCAAGGACCCUCGCCACCCAAAUGAGAGGCUCUUUUCGAGGUUUUGGAGCUGCUUAAAGUAGACGCUUCUAAUCCUAGACCUUGUAGGAGCAGCUAGCUCAUGCUGCAAUGGCAGCCUUGGAGGAGGAGGAGGAAGAGGAAGAGGAAGAGGAGGAGACAAUUGGUUCCCUGUGUGAUUUCUGUGUAUGAAACAUUAUUUCCCUGCAGCAAAACGAGCUCCCUUAGAGACAGAACUGCUCAUAGUUUUACCCCAUUCUUGCAGCUUAGUUUUCCUUUAAAAAGAAGGGAGAAGAGGUGUCUUGUAGGCUGUUGACUCUCCCUAUACUUAAAUAUAUUACCUAGAUAAUUGUAUAUUCAGUUUAAUUACUCAUUGUUUCUAUACUGAAAGAAGACUUAACGAAGGGAAAAAACCAACAGCAAUAACAUUCAUAUCUAUGGAGCAGCUAACUAGUACACAUAAUAUUCUGCUUUUCAUACAGAACUAGCCAAUAUGUAAACACACACACACACACACACACACACACACACACGCACACAACGACAAAAAAAAUCAACGUGUAAAUACUUUUUUUUUUCAUUUUACACUGUUGUAUUAUAAGUGUAUAUGGUGGUUACUUUUUUCAGAAACUUUCUUACUUGGUAGUUGCCUUCUUUUCCGAGUUGUGUUUUUAACAAAGACAAAAUUCUUCGCUUGUCUGUUGGGGGGGUUGGAAAACACUUGGCGAGUUUUCAGUGUGGGUUAAACCUUUUCCAUCUUCUGUUUUGGGUCCUUAUUUUCAUGGUAAAGUAUUUUAUUAUUCAAGAUUAAAUUCUCUUCUCCCCCCCCCCACCCCAAAAAAAAGUCCACGUUUUCGAGGGAGGCGUUUUUGUUUGUCAGAAGUCAUAAAUGACAUUUUUUUUCAAUUGAGGAAAAAAAAAUCUACAUUUAUAAUAGCCAAGAGCAUUUCAGCACAUUUCUGUUCUCCUGUUUUCUCCUAUGCUGCUGCUAAUGACAAUAUUAUGACUUACUCUACUAUUCGAGAACUAUUUUUAUGUAAUUAAUGUAUGCUUUCUUGUUUAUAAAUGCCUGAUUUUAAAAAAAGGAAAAAAAAGAAAGAAAAAAGCUUGGCAUAUUUAUCUAUCUCGCUGUGUACCUUGCUGGUCCUUCCCCCGUCCCCCUUGAAACAGAUAAUAUUGUAAAAUAAAGGCCUCUAUGAGAAUAUGUAUGAAAAUAGCUCUGCUUAUAUGCCAGUGACUGAAUGUACAGUGUAUAGACGCAUUACUUAAAAUAAACAAAAGUGUUUGGUUCAACUAUUUCCACAUUA